UCCCGCCCACUCCAGCCUGGCCCCGCCCCGGUCCAGGUCCAUUCCAGGGUCAGAUUCCGUCCUGCCAGGUCUGAGUCGGCGGCUGCAGGGCGGAUGAGACCGGUGCUACUCAUGAAGGUGUUCGUCACCCGCAGGAUACCGCCCGAGGGCAGGGCCGCGCUCGCCCGGGCGGCAGACUGUGAGGUGGAGCAGUGGGACUCGGAUGAGCCCAUCCCCGUCAAGGAGCUGGAGCGAGGUGUGGCGGGGGCCCACGGCCUGCUCUGCCUCCUCUCCGACCGUGUGGACAAGAGGAUCCUGGAUGCCGCAGGGGCCAAUCUCAAAGUCAUUAGCACCCUGUCCGUGGGCGUCGACCACUUGGCUUUGGAUGAAAUCAAGAAGCGUGGGAUCCGAGUUGGCUACACCCCAGAUGUCCUGACAGAUACCACCGCCGAACUUGCAGUCUCCCUGCUACUUACCACCUGCCGCCGGUUGCCAGAGGCCAUCGAAGAAGUGAAGAAUGGUGGCUGGACCUCGUGGAAGCCCCUCUGGCUGUGUGGCUAUGGACUCACGCAGAGCACUGUCGGCAUCGUCGGGCUGGGGCGCAUAGGCCAGGCCAUUGCUCGGCGUCUAAAACCAUUUGGUGUCCAGAGAUUUCUAUACACAGGGCGCCAGCCCAGGCCUGAGGAAGCAGCGGAAUUCCAGGCAGAGUUUGUGUCUACCCCUGAGCUGGCUGCCCAGUCUGAUUUCAUCGUCGUGGCCUGCUCCUUAACGCCUGCAACCAAGGGACUCUGCAACAAGGACUUCUUCCAGAAGAUGAAGGAAACAGCUGUGUUCGUCAACAUCAGCAGGGGCGACGUUGUAAACCAGGACGACCUGUACCAGGCCUUGGCCAGUGGUCAGAUUGCAGCUGCUGGACUGGAUGUGACGACCCCAGAACCACUGCCUACAAACCACCCUCUCCUGACCCUGAAGAACUGUGUGAUCCUGCCCCACAUUGGCAGUGCCACCCACAGAACCCGCAACACCAUGUCCAUGUUGGCAGCUAACAACCUGUUGGCUGGCCUGAGAGGGGAGCCGAUGCCCAGUGAACUCAUGCUGUAGCCAAACAGUAGAGAUGGAGGGCCAGGAGGCAAACCGUACCCUGGUAUUCUGUCAGACGUACCCAGGCUUGAUUUGGAUCCACAGGCAGAGCCAAGGGAAAGUCUGAUUCUCCGACGAAAGAGUGAUUCUGAUAGGUGUACUUGUCACAUUGGUGGCUGGACACACUUGAGCCAAAAGUGUGUAAUUCUAUUAUUAAAUAAUUCUCUGAGAGA